AUGACCACCUACGCUGAGAACUUGGUCUCAACUUGGACAAGUGUCGCCCCUAUCGUAGUUGAGGCUGCUAACCUUGCAGCCGUGCCGAGAAACAGUCGUGCUGAUCAGUGCGCUAUCGCGCAAGUCGUGGCAAAGGACACAGAACUAACCACUGAGGCUGGUGCACCGAACCGCUACAAUACUAGAUCCCAAAAACCGGCGCUGAUCCCCCAGGGGCCUCCACAACGUAUCUUCGAUAUAACCUAUCACACCCGCGAUGACCGUCGCCGCGUCUUUCGUGAGACAUACCUCCUGAGAGUAGCGCCCUCGGAGCCGAUAGCGAAUCCGACAACAGGGGAGGACGCGUCUCCGCUUCCGCCGCUACCCGGCCGCAACUUGCAGUGGCAGCCGCUCGGGACGCUCAAAGACUACACGCGUGAAUGA